AGGACCAGCGAGGCGAGAUCGACCGGCAGACGAGCGGUCUCGACGCCCGGCCGCGUGACCUCAGCAUGAACAACAGUUCGCCGAACGGUCACAGUCCGGUGCUGAACCUGUCCAAGUCCGCCGACGGCACCAACUCGGACGGCCAGGCCUCCAACCGCGACGAGGACGACGAGGACGACGACGAGCGACUCAGCGAGCCCAACGACCCCGACGACAAGGAGCCCGAUGAGCUGAGCGACACCGAGGUGGGGACGCACGAGGCGCCGCUGUCCGCGCCGCGAGCCGAGUGCUCGCGGGCGCCGGAGGAGCGGCCGCAGCUGCUGCCGGCAGCUGUCAGCUGGCCCGGCCAGCUGGUGGCCGACCCGGCGCUCAGCAGCACCGAGACGCUGCUGCGCAAUAUCCAGGGCCUGCUGAAGGUGGCCGCUGACAACGCUCGCCAGCAGGAGCGGCAGAUCAACUACGAGAAAGCCGAACUCAAGAUGGGCGUGCUCAGGGAGAAGGAGACGCGCGAGAGCAUGGAGCGCAAGCUGCAGGAGGAGCAGAAGCUCAGAGUGAUGUACCAGCGUCGCCUGAAGAAGGAGCGGCGCUUCCGGCGCAAACUGCAGGAGCAGCUGGGCCACGAGGCCAAGCGGCGUGGCCAGUACGAGGACGCAAUCAGGAGCGCCCCGACCGACGCCUUCCUUGGCAUGCAAGAUAAGUCCAAAGAGGGUGGCGCACGACCUCAGACCCACGGAGCACCACCAGCCAGCUCGCCCAUGUCCGAUCCACGCGGCGUGUUCUACGGCGCGUCACCCAUGUUCUCCUCGGCGACAUAGAUCAGACUUCAGUGACCCGCCGCGCCGCUGCCGAAGCCGGGCCGGGCCGGGCCGGAGUCGCCCCGCAUUGCCCGUGACCUCUGCGCCCGCGCCGUGACCUUGCCACGGGGUCACGACCCAGAACCGACCCGGCGCCCGCGGGCACGGACCGCCGCCGCCGGGCCGCGGCGCACAGCACUGUAUCUUAACUCUAGUCUUAAUGACAAUGUCACAGGGAGCCCAUGGACCCACCCACUUCCCAUCUUCGCCACAGCACUACUGGAGGACGCCGCCAGCGGACGGCCGCCGUGUAAAUACCAGCGCCCCAGGUGACGAGGUCAGGGGUCGACAGCCGCCGCGCGGUGGGAAUGUUAUUCAACGUACUUAGCCUCUACGAGCGUGGUUACGUGUUAGUCAAGUGUGGGUGUUUCUCUUCUUAUGUGUUCGUAUGGCCUAUGUAGGUGUGUGCACACGUUUAGUAUUGAUCUCAUACUUUGUAAAUACGGCCAGCCACCCGAGCCUUGAGUACCGGCGGUCGCAUUGGGCUCCGGAGCUCCGACACUGCUCCUCAUCGAAUGCAUUUGCAAUACACACGAUUGAACAUACUGAGCACCAAAAUGCACCAAAACGGUCUCACCGACGACCCCAUGCGUUACUGUCAUGUGUGCAAACGCCCACACUCAUAGGCAAGGCCAAUAAAGGCGCAAAGUCGCCUUUUGAUUUCGUGUCCGUCGGCACCUGACCUUCGUUUACGGGGCUGUUCGCCCCUUUUGCUGUUCACCCCGGCCACGUGCCUAUGCCACAUUCACCCAUCGAUGUGAACUUCUUCCCGAUGAGACACACAAACACAAGCGUUUGCUACUUCGCACAAGUGGACAAAGGUGUAACAAUCCCGUGAUUCAGCUGUACCACCAUGUAGACUGUUGGCGCACCGACGAUGUAUGAUCCGGCGCAUAUUGGAGCUAUGGUGCAGUUAAUUUCGAGACUACGCUUCUGGCGAUCCGGACCGAUUGCGUGCCGCGGUGUGAUGUCGCCAUGACAACAUGGCAGGGUCAUGAAAGGAGGGACGGUGUGUCUUGAGGUUGCGUUCGACCAGCGCGAGAUAGUGUCACGAGACAUUGCGAGGGUGCGUUCGUCCAGCACGAGAUGACGUCACGUGACAUUUCGAUGCCGGCUGAAGUGCACUGCCGUCUAUAUUCUGCCGACGGCACACUCGCAACUAUUGCGUUUUGUCAGGCCUUUCGUCGAUAUGGCAGAAAAUACCCUGCAGACUGCGGUGUGGCACACCGUGCAUCCCCCUAUGAGGCUGCAACAGAGCAGGGUUGUCAUGAGAGUGCGCCAGGCUCAACCCGGCGUCCGUACGCGGCGGCGGGAGGUCUGUGCCCCCACCCCCUGCGAUCUGGUCGACCCCCGGAGCUCUCGGCACCGGCUACCUGUCCAAUGGCCGGACUCCGUGGCCACUGACGGGCAUUGUUGGUCCGUGGCGGGGUCACCCGUGCGCACCGCGUCACGGCGGCGGCUGGGCCCGCCGUGACGCGCCGGAGUUGUCCGUGACGACCCUGCGCGGUGGCGCGUGCGAGCGUGCGUGCAUGCGUGCGUGUUUGCGUGUGUUUGUGUGUGUGUCUGUGUGUGUGCACACAGGCACCGUGCGCAGAUGUGGUGUGGAACACUGUCCCUGACGUCACCAACGGAACACUCGCAUCAGCUCUCACGUCUCGUAUAUCCUCAACGGCGGCCAUCCCCGUGUGUCAACGAUGGUAACAACGCGCCGCUGCAUGGCGAACUAAGGCGCGUCACUCAUACGGCAGGGUUCCUACGCCGUUUCCGCUGCCGUCAGACUCCCGGAAGGAGCACUGUGCUCGUGUGCCCCCUCCCCCCCCCCCGCAUGACGACGGUCAGUGCCGACAGUGGGCUUGCACAGCCAGGAGGCCCCAGCGGCCGUCGUGUAACAUGUGCUUACUGUACAAAGUUUUCG